CCGUGUUUGGGUAAUGUAAGUCCGAUGGUUAAUAGUAAUAUCACGUCAGUAUAUCACUCGAUACUCUGAUGUGUUAACCAAUCACAAUAAGAUGAUGCCUAGGACUUUGUGCCUGAAUAGUUGGAUCAGGCAGUUGUGACGAGUAGCAUACGACAAAACAUUCUUGAGGUUUAAUAUGAGUAUUCAGGUCGCUUUGCCAUGUGUUUUUCAUGAAUACAUCUAUUAAAAAUAGCCAUGUUCUGCUAUCGUCAUAUAUCGUUUAUGUUUCCAAGAUUGACCUUGACAUGUGUGUUCUUUGCUGGUGGGCUAUUCAUAAACGAUACAUGUAAAGACAAGACUUCCACAAUAAUCAAAGUGCCAACGUGAGAUCUCAUGAAAAGGAAGCAUUUGUCCCAAGGUCUUUCUCUCUCUCUUUCCAGGUUUUGUUCUUACUGGGUGUUGAAAGUCAAAGAAAGGAACCCAAUGGACUUGAAAAUAUAGAGCAGCAGUCAUUUCCAAGUUCCAACCACUAGACCACAAGCAAAUUCAAUCUCUCUCAACCUUUCCACUUGUCUACAAAUGCAAAGAGCUGACCUCUUGAAUGUGACACUGUUCCUCAGUCACUAACCUUUUCACAAGUAACCCCCCAUUCAGACACUGCUUGAACCAAAAAAACAUGUUGAGCCUUCAAGCUUCAUAUGAUCCAUUGGCUUCGCCGUCGCAGUUAUGCAGGCGAAAAAUUAACCGAGUUGCAGUCGAGGCCACACCUCUCUUGGGUGCCGGUCUCUCGAGCACAGGCUCUGCCAAGGAACUGGUCAAUGCAAGUGAAUGCGAAGUGGCAAUGAAUACUUGCGACCCUCUUGUCCUUGCCAAGCUUUAUACAGUAGUAGAUGCUCUUGGUGACAGAGUGAGGAUGCAUAAGAACAUUGGAGAGCAAAGAGAUAACUGGAACUCUCUCUUCCUGAUCUCCGUCAACAUGAUGAUGCUCACCGCCGCUAUUGUUGUGGGCAUGGCCACCGUUAGUUCUGUAUCAAAUGAUCGAGCGAGACACCUGGCGCUCAAAGCCACCUCAACAGUACUGUACUUAGCAGCUGCAGUGAUGCUGGUGAUGGUGAACGUGAUCCAACCAUCCCAACUGGCUGAAGAACAGAGAAAUGCCGCUAGGCUAUUCAAGCAACUCCGGGAUCAGGUCCGCACAAGGCUCUCUAUUGGCAAUCCGAGCAUCAUGGACGUCGAUGAAGCGAUGGAGAAAAUCUUGGCAUUGGACAAGGCAUACCCGCUCCCUCUAAUAGGAAAAAUGCUGGAGAAGUUCCCAAAGAAGAUUGAACCUGCCGUUUGGUGGCCACAAAUAAGCCGGCAACGGGCUGGAGGGAUCAGGCUAGGAGGCAAAAAGACUGGGAACGGAUGGAGCGAAAAGUUGGAAGAUGGAAUGAGAGACAUCGUCGGAGUGUUGAGGAGGAAGGACUCAGAAGAUUAUUCAAGACUGAGCAAAAAGGCCUUGAAAAUGAACAAGGUAUUGGCGAUUUCAGGUCCUGUGUUGACAAUACUUGCUGCUUUUGGGUCUCUAAUGGUGGGAUUUCCUCACCGUUCAUGGGCAAGUGUGAUGGGGAUGGUGUGUGGUGCAUUGGCAUGCAUUGUGAACACGAUAGGACAUGGAGGGCAAGUUGGGAUGGUGUUUGAGAUGUAUAGGAACAAUGCUGGUUUCUUUAAGCUCGUGGAAGAGAACAUAGAGUCUAAUCUUAGUGAAAGAGAUGCUGAGAGAAGAGAGGAUGGGGACAUAUUGAGAUUGAAGGUGGCUCUCCAGCUAGGAAGGAAUUUCUCAGAACUUGAGAAAUUGGGCAAAUCAUUGUCAAGUGAUGGGGAGGCCAUUGAAGAAUUUGCAAGCAAGCUGUUUUGA